AUGGGUACCACCUAUGAUACGUCUGAUUUAACUUGUAAAACGCGGUUAAUUCUCUCAAAUCUUGAAACAUUACGACACGAUCAUCAUCUUUUACUUUCAUCGACUAUCGACGAUGAUAAACGUCAAUGUCUUCAACAAUCACUCGAAUCUGUUGACUUGGGUAUCGAUGAAGGUUUAGUUAUGUUACAACUCGGUCAUCAUUUCGACGAUCUUGAUAGCGAAACACACAAAUUGAUGUUACAAGUUCAAAGGUUAACACAAGAAAAUAAUUGGUUACGUGACGAACUUUCUGUUACAGAAAAACAUCUACAAACAAGUACACAAUUACGAUUAGAUUACGAACGUGAUAUUCGACUAUUGAAUGAAUCAUUAGCAUCAUCGCCAUCGAUAUCGAAUGAAUUCAAUCUCUCAAGUUCGAUCGAUAUCGAUAAAGAAAUGCCCAUUGAACCUCGCGAACAAAUGCAAAUCACUUCUAAUUCAAAUCUCGAAACAAAAAAUCAAUUCGAUAUUCCACCACGUUUUCGUACGUUACAUAACCUCGUUAUUCAAUAUGCUCAAGCGGGUCGAUACGAAGUUGCUGUUCCACUAUGUCGACAAGCACUUGAAGAUCUCGAAAAAACGCAUGGUCACAUACAUCCGGAUGUCGCGACUAUGCUCAACAUUCUUGCUUUGGUCUAUCGCGACCAAAACAAAUUCAAAGAAGCAUUGCAAUUAUUAACAGAAGCCUUAAGCAUACGUGAACAAACACUUGGGUUGGAACAUCCAGCAGUGGCUGCAACAUUGAAUAAUUUAGCGGUACUUUAUGGAAAAAAGAAUCGAUACAAAGAAGCAGAGCCGUUGUGUAAACGUGCAUUGGAAAUUCGAGAGAAGAUUUUCGGUGCGAAUCAUCCAGAUGUUGGUAAACAACUGAAUAAUCUCGCAUUGUUAUGUUUAAAUCAAAAUAAAUACGAUAAAGUUGAAGAAUAUUACCGACGAUCUAUUAACAUUUAUGUCAAGGCCUACGGAAAAAAUGAUCCGAAUGUGUUGAAAACAAAAAAUAAUCUCGCAUCCGUCUAUCUACGCGAAGGAAAGUAUAAACAAGCUGUUCAAUUAUAUCAAGAUGUUUUAUCUGGCUUGAAUGAACAAUGUCAAACAUUAUCAACUAAUCGUGACAUGACAUCAAUCAUCUCAACAUUAAAAAAUCUCGGAGCACUUUGUCGCCGACAAGGUCUACACGAGCAAGCUGAUUCACUCGAUUCGUGUUCAGCUAGAUAUUCACAAAAUGCUUCGGAGGCAAUCAAUGGAGCAUUGAAUAUUCUUCGACAGAUUCGAUUUAAUGACGAGACGACCAGUGACACGAUGCGACGUUCUCAACCAUCUGGUCCUCAAGAGUACGGCAAACUACGUCGAAGUGGUUCAUUUCAAAAAUUACGUCAAAGUAUCCGACGUGGUUCAGAAAAACUGGUCCAAAAACUUCGCGGAACACCAACAAAUCUACCAUCAUUGAACUCGAUGCAAUUUCAAGAACAAAAUCAACUUAUGAAACGUGCAUCAUCUAUGUCUGUUCUAAAUCAUGUUUCUCCAUCGUAUCCCUUACAGCAACAACAGCCAAAUCGAACAUUGAAUAAUCGAUGUUCGAUCGAUCAACAACAACAACAUAAACAACAAUUUAUUCCCCCAUCACGAGGUCGAUUGACAAGUGCAGAAAAUCUUCAUUAA